AUGCAGCAACCAACACCACCAGAAGAGACUGCAAAUCUCCUUGCGCGUUUGUCACAACGACCAGGAGUUCAAGGCACCCUCAUCCUCUCCCGCGACACAGGAGCCAUUGUGCGAUCAUCUGGGCUCAUCACAAACGAAGACGGCGAGACUGAGGCCGCGCGACCUACAAGCAGCGAUCAAGUAAACGGAGACGGCGAAGUGAAGAAGAAGGGAACAAGAAACGCAGAGGAUGUGGCACGGCUGGUCUGGAGAUUCGUGCAGAGUGCAGGGACAAUGAUUGAGGAGCUGAAUGGAGAUUCGGACGAGGCGAAGCUGCUGAGGAUACGGACGAAGAAGAAUGAGUUAGUGAUUGUGCCGGAUGCGAAGUUCCUUCUAGUUGUGAUUCAUGAUACCCCUCCUGCCUGA